AUGAAUAAAGCAUCCGAAAUUCCAACGAAGUUUGAAUCGCUACCCAAUGAAAUCCUGCUAGAAUACUUCAUGUAUUUCAAUGCUUGCCAAUUAUUCUAUUCAUUCGAUCGGUUGAACUAUCGUUUAUCUCACCUUAUUCGAAACUCAACAUUACAUGUCGAUUUUUCUCAUGUUCGAAAGUCAAUUUUCGAUCGUUUUUGUAAGAUUAUUUUAAAAGAUCCACAAACAAAAGAUCGAAUUUAUUCUCUGCAUUUAUCAAACGAAAAUUCGCAUGGGCUAAUACAAAAAUUUUUCUCAUCAUUCUCGACCACCGAAUUUCCUCAUCUUCAAUCGUUAAAAUUAACUAUCGUUGACGUUGACGAUAAAACUAUUCAAAAUUUAAACUCGAUCAUUUCAUCGAUGAAGGAACUCUCUUCGCUUCAUUUGAACUGUACAGGAGCUUCAACUCAUGAUAUAUUAUCUUCUCUAACAACAUCGAAACUAAAAACGCUAUCAGCAACGUCAUUGAAUCGAUUUCCACUACAUAUCGAUGCACGUUUCUCAAUAACUAAUCUAACAAUAUGCUGCUAUGAUUUGCAUCAUGUAUGUCAUUUGUUGGCCAAUUUGCCUCAGCUAAAUUAUUUGAAUGUUAAAAGAUCCUCUGGAAGCCAGGAAUCUACCCAUUACAUGGGUCUCAAUGAAAAUUUUUGUGCUGUGAAUCUAAUAGCCAUGGUUAUAGAUGAUUUUCAGUAUGGCUUUAACGAAAUCGAAGACCUUUUUAAUGGACUACCAAAUCUAAAGUCUUUAACAAUAUGUAGCGCUGACCGUCCGACUAUGAUCAAUGCUCGUCAAUGGGAACGUUUGAUUACAUCGUCAUUGCCUCAUCUAGAAACCUUUAGAUUCCGAUUCAUUUGUGAUCUUUGGAGUACUGAUGAUGAAAUUCUGGAAUUAUUUCAACAAUUUCAAAGUGACUUUUGGCUAAAAACUCACCAUUGGUAUACAGAAUACCUUUCAACGGGAAGUGACAAAUGGAUUUGUACGAUACCAUGUCCAUCUUAUCGAUGUGACUUAACCGCUUAUUGUGAUGCACAUAACUGUACGAUGUUCUCGAGGGCAGCCAAUCAAAGUCUAGAUUCGAUGUCAAGUGAAAGAGUAUUGCAAAAGAAACGUGAAUUUCACUUUUGCGAUAUUGUAUCACUCGAUAUCAUGAAUGCAGAAACCACGACGAAACAUUCUUUGGGUAUCAACCAUAUAAAAAUCAUAAAAGAUACGGUUAAUUUAUCUGAAUUGUGUCAUCUAUUUAUUUUAUCAGAUUGUAAAUUAGCAAGUGCGUCAGUGCUGUUACGAAUCUUAAAAGCAACACCUAAAUUAUCAUCAAUACAGAUCGAUUCGAGUGCAUUAUUACCGUUGCUAGUGGACGAUCAAUUAUGUAAAUAUUUAAAUAGAAUGAUCAAGAGAUUAGACUUAUAUAUGAGCGGCUAUAGUCCAACACAAAUAUUUCGUGAUCCAACUGAGUUAAAAAGGUUCUCAAAGGCAUUUUCCAAUAUCGAAGUUCUUCACUGUAAUACUAAUCAAAAGACGGAGUUUAAAUAUCUGUUGGAUAAUCUACAAAAACUAAUCAGUCUGACAACUUUAAUAAAAACAAUCGAGACACGUCAGACUAUUUCAGAAUGGCUUGAAAAAGAAUUAGCAAAGCAAAAUGCAAAUUAUGAUAUUAAAUAUGAAGAAAGAAAUCGAACGUGUUUAGUGACGGUUAAGGUUUGGAUGGGUUAA